CACUGGUACCAAAACCAGUAUUAGUAUAGUUUAGUGAACGAUAAAAAAGUCCAAAUGAAAAAGAAAUACUUAUUUGUAAAAAAUUGGAUUAAGAAAGAUUUGUAGGUGGUAACCAGUUGGUAUGAUUUAGUCGAGUUAAUUUCCGAAGGUGUCGGCUCCCGUACGAUAACGAUAUGGUUGAUCGGUUGAGGUUGAUUGAGACAUUGGGAGCAGUUGGGAGCAGUUGGGAGUGGGGAGAGGUAUAACCUCACUUUACGUAGCGUUAUCGUGAGCGUUACUUGACACGUAAACAAAAUAUAGACGGCAAAGUGAACAAGUUUCAACAAAUGUUUUAUAAUUAACGAUUAUUAAUCAUGGCUCGUUACUUUCGAGAAGAAGACAUAGACGAGUUCAGAGAAUGUUUCUAUUUGUUUGCGAGAAAUGGACAAAUACGUACCCUAGAUGAACUUACGAUCAUUAUGAGAUCGUUAGGAUUGAGUCCCACUAUCGCUGAGUUAAAUAAAUAUUUAAAAGAUAAAGGUGGAAAAAUGUCGUUUGCCGAUUUUUUGGAGGUGAUGCAUCUACAAACAAGAGCCGAGGAUUUACCAAAAGAAGUAAUAGAAGCUUUCCAAGCCGCGGAUAAGUCUCGAAACGGCACCGUACCUGCCCGCCAAUUAGCUCACAUGUUGCUUCGUUGGGGUGAACAACUGAGUAGCAAAGAAGUGGAACAAAUUUUUCGAGAGGCUAACGUGUCAUCCAAUGGCCAAGUUAAAUACGAAGAUUUUGUAAAAAUAGCUUGCGCACCGGUUCCCGAUUAUUAUUAGAGAUCGAUCAUUUAUAUAUCGUUGUAAAAUGUUGAUCAAGGACAGACAUGUUUACAAUAAAGGACUAUUAUCAUAAAACAAAA